AGGAGCCAGAAGAAACAAGCUUUUCUGCUCUUGCUAUCUCUCAGGUCGACGAAGGAGUGAAGACCAGGUGAAUAUCAACUGAAUCGCGACAAGCUUGUCGACACGGAGGGGACAAAAUUGAACAAGGCACUGACAACGCCAUGGCACACUCUUGGCGCGGCACUACAUUUGCCGCCAACGGGCCACCACGAGCACUUUCGGCUACUUCAGCAAAAGGCACGCCGAAGUCGUCGUUCACUUGUUCGUUGUGCGGAGAGAGUUUUCGAGUCGACUAUCACGGCAGGAAGCCACCAUUCUGCCCCCAGCUAGUGUUCAUGGAGGACGUCUAUUGCAUGAGGGACCCGUUUUCGGUCGGAGGAGCAGGAGGAGGAGCGACAGGCGAAAACAGAAAAUGCCUCCCAACGGUGGUCGGAGGGACGUGCGCUGUUUGCUCCAAGGAUGUGUGCGCCCAGUGUAGCUUAUUCUACGCCGUGAGGCUCUGCGGCCACUGCGCGCGAGCGCACAAGGCAAGCUUGCCCUCGGAACUGCAUCGCAUCGUGGACGCUACGGGAGGGGCGCCAGAGAAAUACCCUGCAGAGACGGGGGGGAAGGCUGUGUCGUGCCUCCAUGGCAGUGUUCAAUCUUCGAUGGCAAUCGCGGAGAAUCGCUGUGCGCUACCACCACACGGCUCGAAGUAUUGUUAAGCGGCCGUUGCGGGCAUUGGUUAGUAUCGCAUCGUGGACACUACGGGAGGGGCGCCGAAGAAAUACCCUGCAGCGACGGGGGGGAAGACUGCGUCGUGCCUCCAAGGCAGUGUUCAACCUUCUGUAGCAAUCGCGGGGAAUCGCUGUGCGCUACCACCACACGGCUCGAAGCAUUGUUAAGCGGCCGUUGCGGGCAUUGGUUAGU